GGCGUGGAGUUCAGGAUGCGGAAUCAACGCAUCCGCUGCGCCCGAACCGGACUGAAUAUGGCGAGCACCGAGAGCAAAAGCGGGUCCUCGGAAAACUUUCACACACCCGAGCCAAGUGGAUCGGACCAGCCGGGCGCGAGAUGGGGUCCACAGCAUGCAGGUGCUCGAGAGCUUGCGGAGUUAUACUCGCCAGGAAAAAGAUGUCAGGAAUGGAUCAGUGUGCUUUUUUGCUUUACCCUCAUGGCCUUCAACUUCUGUUGCCUGGUAACAUACUUCCACCUGGGACACACCUGGUACAUCCUCAUGGGCAUCGUGGCAGGGAUCCUGACAGCAGACUUUGCCUCUGGUUUGGUCCACUGGGGUGCUGACACAUGGGGUUCAGUGGAUCUGCCCAUCGUUGGGAAGGCCUUCAUUCGUCCAUUUCGAGAACACCACAUCGAUCCAACAGCUAUAACGCGGCAUGAUUUCAUUGAGACAAAUGGUGAUAACUGUAUGUUGACUAUCAUCCCUCUGGCGAACAUGACCGCAAACUUCUUGAUGCUCUCACCAGCUGAGAUCUAUCGGAACUACCCCUGGUACUGUUACGUCUUUGCUUUAGCCAUUUUUGUUACAUUGACAAAUCAGAUUCACAAGUGGUCGCACACAUAUUUUGGGCUUCCAUGCUGGGUGACGUUUCUUCAGGGCUGUCACAUCAUUUUACCACGGAAACACCACAGAGUUCACCAUGUUUCACCUCAUGAAACCUACUUCUGCAUUACCACAGGCUGGUUGAACUAUCCUCUAGAAAAACUGGGAUUCUGGAGAAACCUGGAAGAUCUGAUCCAGAGCCUGACAGGAGAGAAACCCAGAUCAGAUGACCUCAGAUGGGCCCAGAAAUCCAAGUAAUUGUCCUCUGCCACCAACCUACCUGCCCUACCUCAGACCUGCUUUUAGGAGAACAGUCUUUCUCUGUUUGUCCUCCCUCAGACAGAACAAGAGGAAUGGCAAGAUAUCAAAGCUCAAAUUAGAAAGCCAUCAAUUCUUCAAAACAGUUAAGAGAAAGGGGGUCGACAGAGUGAUUGAAAGCAAUAUCCCACCUGCUCACUCUAAAGAUCCAAACUUCUAAAUCCUUGUUGAAAACUUGAGACUUCUGUGAAAUGUUUAAAACUCUUUAAAGUGCAAAAAAUUAAGCAAAUGUAAAAUGCCAAUACUUGAACAAAGUGGGCUCUUUUCUGGACACCUUCUCAUCCUUCAACUGCUCAAAGCUUUGCUGACUCGCUUGUUUCUGAGGGACUGGCCUAUGCUCUUGGGUUUGGCCUUUGAGACUGAUAUCUCUUGCUCUCACCCUUCUCUUGUUUGGGGAUAAAGUGCAGUAAACUCAAGGCAUUUUGGCUCUUUGACACAGAGGGCUAAAAACAUGUGUCUUCAUGUA